CUCGUGCUCGCUUUUAGUCGUUCCUAAAUAUUUGUGUUGACAUAACCGCGUCAAAAAUUUCGUUCCGUCCGCGUUUGGUGUUCCGUGUCGAACACCAGUUCAAAUGUUUUCGCGAUAAACGAUUCGUUCUAAAUGCCACGCGAUAGUGCGCGAGUUGUUGGUGCUUUGAGCGGAGACGGGACGGGAAGUCACUUGGUGGCUUCUCCCGUCAGAAAGGAACGGUUCAAAAAGUCCAAGAAGGAACUUGCCGAGGAAGCCGCUCGAGUUCUCAAACAGGUCGAUCAAGUGGACUGCGUUUCGAAGGAAAGCAGUGUCCUUCCGGAAAAAUUCUACACUUUACCAAAUCGAAAAAAACACAAAAACCAGGAGCCCUUCUCCGGUUCUUUGGAUCGACGUUCGAAGCGAAGAACUUCAUCAGAUUCCUCUGCACCUCAAAAACCACCUCGAGCAUUCAUCACAGGCACUACUCAAGAGAAACCCUCCGUUUUCGAAAUUUUCCGAAGGGAAAAGAAGCCAGAACCGAAAAAAUCCAAUUUGCGACGCAGUGUCAGUGACGCGUCGACAACAAAAUCGAAAGUGAAAGUGAUUAGUGACCGAAAAGUAACGAGAUCUGGUAGUGACGGGGCGGAACGAGUGAAACCGCGUAAAGAAAAGAAACAGCUGUCACCGAUAAUAGAAACUGCGCAACGCGAGGACUAUUUCUCACAUCCGGAACAAGAAACCGACAAAGAAAACGUUCACGAUGACGAAAAUCUUCGCGCCCCGCUCAGAAAAAAGAAGAAAGAUAGUAUAACCGAGAAGCUCAAACAGUUUAUCGACGAGGUUGACGAAGAGUUGUACAAAGAGACCGGCAUUAGACCUAAGCCACCGGAAGAAGUCAAGAAGCCACCGGAAGAAGUCAAGAAGCUACAGCCAAUCAUAAUAGACGUUGACAAGGCAGAGAAGAUAUCCACGAAAUCUAAAAAGUUCAAAAACUCUGCGCUAGGAAAGAAACUCAAAGCAAUCGCCCACAAAAAGAACAAAACAAAUGAAGCUAUCAAGCUCAAGGAAGUCGAGAGCGAGAUCAACAAAGCUGUUUCGAAAGGCAACUCAGCCGAACCCCAAGUAGCGAAGUCUCCUCCUAACAGUCCUGGACCUAUAGUAAGAGCGGCAAUAGAGCACCUGGAAAACCCAAACAACUCCCCGAAAAUGAUUCACAGCAGCCAGAAGCCAGUGGACAAGCUGCCGCUCACCAAGGGCAGAACUGUAGACUCUAUGGUUAAGAGACUCAGUACUGAUUCAUGUUCACCCCCUCCUCACAAAACAAACGUGAUGAUAACGCCACAUGCCUCGGUUCAACACAACAACAACCAACCUUUCUCUUACACACGGGGUGUUAGCCCCGAAAAGUACGCCCCUGACGAGACUCAUCCCAAUUUGAGCAGCCCCAUUAUCUACGCUCAGGUGGUGUGCGCUGGCAAUGCAAACGGACCAGCGAAACAGACCAUCCAUACCGCAUACACUAAUGGUAAAAAGCAUCCACAUUCAGAUUCGGACGAGGGUCUUGGAGGAGAAGAAAACCAAACAUUCAUCAGAAUAGAAAAACCAGUUACGCGGUUUGGUGAUGACAGGAUGAAUGACUUCUUUGACGAGGUGGACAAGUUCGAAGAAGAAAGUCCCAUAACUCCAAAGUUUAGGAAUCCCGUGUACACUAACGGCUACUCUAGCUACGAAAAGAAAGACUUCAGAGCCAAGCGGACAGGCUACUUUGACUCCUCCUCCAGGGGAAGGGGAGACGGUAUGGACUCGAAAAGACGCGAAAGUUUGACAGAACCUCAUGAAAAUGGGUUUUCUUCGACAACGAUAUUGAAUGGUCGCAGUGAUCUAACCGCAAGACGGGAUCAGCUGGAAUCGCGAAUAAACAGAAGGCUGAACGACAAUUCCUUGCGCACCUCCCCUGAGUACAUAAAGAACCCCACUCCCACGAACAUCUAUGUCACCGAAACCUCUUCGAAAUACUAUAGGGGUAGAUCAGGUAGCCCUGUAGGUUUCCGGGAGAAGUACGUAUCUGAAACAAGGCCUGGCAAAUACGGCAAACCACACACUACAGAAUCUAGGUCCAUGCAGUUCUUUGGAGAGGCAGAAGACAGGUUAGAUUUCGAAACGAGCAACGGAUACUACGGCAACGGGUUCGAUAGUGAACCCAAAAGCUUCGACUCGCAAAUAAGCGACUACAGAUCCUCGCCAGAAAACAGGAAGUUCGAAACUAGUCAUAGACACCAAGUCAGGGACGAGAGGCAACAACACUCUCUCAAAGACAGAACCAUAUACAAAUCCUCCCCUGAUAUACAUCUGAGGUCAUACCAAGAAAGCAACAACUCUCUGCAGAGGGAUAAAGUUGAGAGUAGAACAAGUUUUUCGAAAUACGCUUCCGAUAGAUACAUGGAUGAGAACGAGAGAAAGGAUAAGUUUGUCGAUUCUGGUAUCGAGAACGACUUCAGGAGGGACUCUGGGGAUAACUUUAGGGUUACCCGUCAGCGCCCGAGGAGGGAGUACUGCAAUGAAAGUGAGGACGAGGGGUUUGCGAGCUCCUUGUUGAUAGCUAGCGAAAGGCAGCACACCGAAGAUAACUUCAAUCAGAGGAGGAGGCGGGAGUAUGACUCAGAUAGAGCUCACUCUAGAGAAGACGAUUCCUACCGAAACUUGGAAAGCAUGGAGUACAGAAGUAAAUUCAGAUCGAACGAUUAUAUUCCCAGAGAGAGAAGUAUCGAUGACGGCUCGCAUUAUGACCCGAAAAUAGACAAGGAUAUCGUGCGGUCCACUUUGAAGAGAGUCGAGAAGAAGCCACCCAAACCUGAGAAGAAAAGUGGGCUCGAAAAGAUGAAGUCUCUCUUCACACGGGACAGCAAGAAGAAGAAGCAACAGCAGGCAGAAAUGGUGAACGAAGAAACUUUGAGAGAGCGUUAUGUCGAGUAUAAAGGAAGGGAACCGGUCGAACCAAGAUUCAAGAAAAGAGAAGCUGUGGAUCUUCACAUGGUAAGUUUUUGAAUUUAUUUUGAUAUA